AUGAGAAUUGGGAGUGCUCCAAAUGUUGCAGUUCAGGGACAGCCGUACGACUCAUCUGCAACAGUCCUUCCUCCUCCUCGUCCUCCUGCUGCUGUACCUCCCUCUUCAGCACCUGCACUGGCUCCAUCUCCUUCCCUUUCUACAUCUUUCCCUUUGAUGCCUACUCUUGAUGCUUCCGAACCAGACGCCAGUGCUAGAAGGUCUUCAAAUCUAGUGAAGCCAUCAUCAUUCUUUGGUCCUCUUCCUUCCUCUUCUCCACUGAUACCUCCUGUUUCUUCAUCUGUGCCUACUGCUCCACCACUUCACCCCCCUGGGAAUCUGCAACGCCCUCACAGAGCUCCUUUGCUUCAACCAUUUCCUCCCCCCUCUCCUCCGCCAUUUCUCACUCCAACUUCUGCUCCUAGCCCAAACAAUGGACCUGUUAUUAACAGAGGCAAAGUGCGUGAGGCACUUUUGAUGCUUGUUCAAGAUGAUCAAUUCAUUGACACGGUGUAUCGCGCUAUUUCCAAUACUCAUCAUACAUGAUAAACAGAGGAACUGCCUCACUUGUUGAAAUCCCAUUAAAACAAUGUUACUGGCAGAAAGAUGGCUUCGAGCGUCUGACUAUCGGGUUCCUUCUGUUUAUAAUAUCUUUGAGACCCAUUUUGUAUAGUAGUAUUAGACUAUUAGUCAGUUUACUUGUUCAGAUUUGUAAUUUACCUUAUAUGCAAUGUCUGGUUUUACUAGUCAGUUAUGCUUGAGCUUUAUGUUCAUUAAAUAAUAAGCAAUCAUGCAGACUGUGUACUGGCUCUUUCAGCUUUGGUAUUUGCAACAAUUGUGUUGUGAUAAGCCGAAUGGAAAGAAAUCUGGGGGUGUGAUUUUAUGUUUUCCAGAUAGAAAGUUAA